AAAAUGGCGUCUUUAGCGAAUGUUUUACCUACACCAUCUCAGAGAAUCUAUGAUAAGGAUGAUGAAGAACGAGAAUACAGAUCACAGAUGCAGGUUGCUCCCAUCAGUAAGAGGACAGCCCCUCCAUAUGGACACAGAAAGGGAUGGGUUCCAAGGUCACAAGAUGAUUUUGGUGAUGGAGGUGCUUUUCCUGAGAUCCAUGUGGCCCAGUAUCCACUAGAAAUGGGGCUGAAGAAGACGACUUCAAACUCGUUAGCUGUUCAGCUCGAUCAUCAGGGCAAAAUCAAGUACGAUGCCAUUGCUCGACAGGGUCAUGGCAAAGAUAAAGUUAUUCACUCUCGGCCUGGCGACCUGGUGCCGAAGAUGAUCGACGAAGACGACCCUGACCUUCAGCGACCUGAUGAAGAGGCAAUUGAGGAUACAACAGAAAAGACAAGAGAGGCUUUGUCGAAACUGGUUUCCAGUCAGAUCUCGGCUGCCAUGCCGGUCCGACAUGCGGAGAAACAAAACCCAGCCCAAUAUAUCAGAUACACACCAUCUCAGCAAGGCGUGGCCUACAACUCGGGGGCGAAGCAGAGGAUUAUCAGAAUGGUGGAGGUACAGAAAGAUCCCAUGGAGCCACCUCGGUUCAAAGUGAACAAGAAGAUCCCCCGAGGUCCCCCCUCCCCACCUGCUCCUGUGAUGCACUCUCCCAACAGAAAGGUCACAGUGAAAGAACAGCAAGAAUGGAAAAUCCCUCCUUGUAUCUCCAACUGGAAAAACAACAGGGGUUACACAAUUCCUCUUGACAAGCGACUGGCAGCUGAUGGGCGGGGUCUGCAAGGAGUUCACAUCAACGAAAACUUUGCAAAGCUGGCCGAAGCUCUCUACAUUGCUGACAGAAAAGCAAGAGAAGCUGUUGAAAUGCGGGCACAGAUUGAGAAGAAAAUGGCUCAGAAAGAGAAGGAGAGAAAAGAAGAGAACUUGCGUUUGUUGGCUCAGAAAGCGAUAGAGGAGCGUGCCGGCAUUCAUAGAGGAGGUGAUAAAGACGAAGAUGUUGCUGAGCGAGACGAGUUGCGGAGAGACAGACAGAAGGAACGACAGAGGGACAGGAAUCUCGCUAGAAUGGCCCCGGACAAGAGGUCACGGAUACAGAAGGAGCGUGAGCGUGACAUCAGUGAGAAGAUUGCUCUGGGGCUGCCCAACACCGGCACAUCGGGAGAAGUUCAAUUCGACCAACGACUUUUCAACACAUCCAAGGGAAUGGACAGUGGUUUUGCUGAUGAUGAAGCUUAUAAUGUGUAUGACAAGCCAUGGCGUGAAGAAAACAGCAUAGGAAACCAGAUUUAUCGCCCGUCGAAGAAACUCGACAAAGAAAUGUACACUGAUGACUUAGAUAAUCUGAUGAAAUCAAAGAGGUUUGUUCCGGACCGUGGUUUUGAGGGUACUGACCGGAGUCGAACCCGCGACGGGCCCGUCCAGUUUGAACAGGACGUGGAAGAGGAUCUGUUUGGUCUGGACAAGUUCUUCACAGAGGCCAAGAGAGGUCAGAAGCGGGCUGGUGAUGACCCGAGGUCAAGCAGGGACUACGACAGGAAACAGAAGAGACGAGAAUAAAACUUGUCCUGUCAAAUCUGUAACUGGAGAAAGUGUAGUAACAUAUUGCAUGCAGCUGUGAAUGAUUCCAAAGUAACUUUUUAAAAACAGCUCUUUGACCAGCGGUCAGCCACGUAAAGGUUUCAGAUCGUCGUCUGUUGUUGCAUCCUGCUGCAUCACAACCAUCUGAUCUGUUUAUCUGAAACUGAACGUGCUUGCUAAAGUUUGUAAUUUGAUACACACGGUGCAUCUUCCCUAACUGGCCUUGUUAAUAUGUUGUACGUUAUUGUCACAUGUUUUAAAAACAGCAACUUACAAUUGAUGUACUGUAAGUAUAUAUGUGACAUGUUUGACUGUAAGUUGGCCAUUUAUCAGGGAUAAUCAACAAGUUGCAUGUCACUUGCUUUUAUUGUAAAUGCAGAGCAUGAUUUGUAGAUGUAAAGUAAAAAACAACAAUUGGUUUUCUGAAUAUAUUGGUGCUAAAAACUAGAAAGGUAUCGUUUGUGCACUAAAUGAAUCAUUAUAAAAUACAUAAAGAAUGGGGAUUGUAUCGCUGCUGCUGUGGACCAUAUCACAGCAUAUGUGCUAAAGGUAAAUUGCAUCACGAGCUGAUCAUUGUAUAUGUGUUGAGAAGUGAAUACAUUGAAAAGAGGUCAUGAGAAUUGAAUAGUUCACAGUAUAUCUGUUAAGAACUGAAGACUGGUCAUCGUAGUAUGUUCGAAGUACAAGUAUUGAUAUGAACUUGAUCAUUUUAUCAUACGAAUGUUAUUUUAUGUUGUACAUUUUGUUAAAUAUGUUUUCAUCAGCCUAACUUUGACUGACAUCUGUACUGGAAGAUUGUAUGUUUUAUUGCUGUGUGAUUUCCCUUUCUAACUGCACAAAAACGGUAACAAAAAAGUUAUUUUAUUUCCAUCUAAAAUUAUUUGAUACAAAACUUGUCAAAAGUUUGUGAUUUACUGUAAUUUUGUGUGAAAUCAUUGUAUAAUGUAUCUAGGACUGUUCCAUGUCACUUGAAAGUGAACAUUUUAUUAAUAUAUAGAUCUUCAUCCACAAUCAUCAGUGUUACUGGAUGAGGUCAUUUACCUCUGAAAGCUUUCAUCAUUCAGUUACAGUUAAAUAUUCUGGACCUUUAAUAAGAUGAGGUAUAGUUGAUGAGGUGUACUUGAUGAGGUAUAGUUGAUGAGGUAUACUUGACAAGGGCACUUAUCAGGCUGUCACUUGCAAGCCCAUAUGAACGAUGGGGGGACAGUCUCUAAACGGAGGGAGAACAGUCUAGUAGGGGUGGUUGGUACAAGCCAUAUUUUUAUCUCUCUGUAUAUAGAGUGGGACAAAACAACGUACAUUUUCAUCCUCAAGUGUGUAGUGGUGGAGUGGACAGGCCAAGCUGGCUACCUCCGUUCCUACAGGCCCGAGUUGUUAAAUUAAUAAUAACUGUGCACCAUAGAUUUCUUGGAGCCCUGGCAGUUCAGGAAAAUGAAUCCCCUCAGGACCCACUGCUAGAAGAGUACAACAAUAUAUGUUCACAAGAUGCCAUUAGUAAAGUCUAAACAUAAACAGUGCUUUGAACAAGCAUAUUCAUUUGGAAGUGAAAAUGUUUGUUUGUCUUUUUAAUUUGGUUAGAUGGUGGUACAACUUUAUCACAGUGACAUACUAGACCUUAAGAAUAGUUCCUUCAUGAUGUGGUGUUUUGAAUAAAUCUUCAAUCCAUGUUGGUGAACCACAAAUGUCAGUUUGUUAAGAUCAGUGUGUUUGCUGUUAUAUUAUUACUCAAUGUUGUAAGAUACCAAGUGUUUGUAUUACCUUGAAGAAUAUAUAUAGAGAACACUCCUCUUUAAAUCAUGCUCUACAUCUGGUGACCGAUAGAACUAGUUACAACAGUGAAGACAAACAAGAAUGGUUAUAUGUGUACACAUGCUUUUCGUCAUUGAUAAUUAAACACACUGUAUAAACAAACUAUUAAAGUCUAGAAAACACA